AAUCCCAUCUGUUCAUUGUGAAAGCUAUGGUGAAUUUCUGACCAAAAUACCUAUUUGUGUUCUGCGUGUGUAUUUCUAAUCACACACACACACACACAUCUAAACGUAUAUAGACAGGCGGAAAAUGUCAGACAGUCGGUGUACUUUUACUGGCAAUCAAAAGGCGAAGUGUUGUAAUGUUUCAUCAUGGAUAAGAAGUAAAAUUAAAGAUGAAGGUGUACAAGCACGAAAUAUAAUCAAAUAUAGUGUACCUGUUGAUAAUCCUAGUCCUUCUAAACGUCAAACACGAAAAUGUGAUUUCAGUCUGUCUUCAUCUGAAAUUGUUCCAAAGAUGAUGGCUGAUGAUACAGAGAAUGACAGAAUGACCUCGGCAAGUAUUGUAUCUUCACAUAAAGAAGGUGGAAGUCGUCGGUCAUCCUUAUCUUCUAUUGUCGACAUUCCGGAAAUCAUAAACAAUAGAAUUAGUCUGUAUACGAAUAAAUUUCAUGAAGAACAUUCAAAGUCUGAUGCACAUUCUGUCAGUUUAAUAUCAAACACCAACUCGAAAACUGUUUGCCCAGCACAAUCUCGUCAUUGUCGGCGGCUUACUUCAACAACAAAACCAACAACAGCUCUAUUAUAUAGGAAACCUCUCACUGAAAGUGAAUAUAAAGCACGUUAUUGGGGUCAAAUGUUAGAUACUUUAAGGCGAACUAUAGAUGAAAUCUAUUCAGCGUGUGAAACUGACGAGAAUGAAGUGGAAUGCAAGGAAGUUAUCAUGAUCCUGGAACACAGUAAACAAGACUUUUUCUCAUUAAUUGAAAAAAUGAAUUUACUACGGGAUUAUGAACAAGCUGAUGAACAAAAUAAACCAAAUUCUCUUGCAUGGGAUGAACGUACUACCCUACCAGGAAAACCAAUUAUGUGUCAAGUUCUUGCCUCCACUGCAUUCGCCUCAGUCAAAAAACCAUCAUAUGCAUCAAUUCCAUCGUUCAGUAAUAAAUCAGAUAGCAGUGUCAUGGAGAUUGUAGAUUGUAGUGAUUCUGAAUUCUUCGAUGGGAAUGAUAGAUCUGGUAGCAAUUCUUGUAUAUCAGAUAGGAGAUGUCAAUUGCUUAACGCAAAAAAGAACAACAGUAGUAAUAAUCGUAAUAGUAAUAGUAAUAAUAAUAAUAAUCCUAAUGGAGAAGAAGACGAAGAUAAUGAAGAAGAAGAACCUAGUAGUCUUUCUCAGCCUUCUAUGAUACCUUCUCUUCCAAACGAUUAUGAAUCAUGUAAACGAGUUGGCGCCAAACGAAUUCAUUGUAAUUCAGAGUUACAGCAAACUACUACUUACAAUAAUAGUAGUAGUGGUGGCAGAGAUAAAUUCAAAUUAUGUUCUACAGGUCUAGACAAUCAAGCGUGUCAUGAUAACGAUGGUGAUGAAGAGGAAGUUGACGCGUACACUGCUGAUUUAUCUAUGUGUAGAACUACUGAUGAAAAUGAUACUGUCGACAUAGAACAUGAUCAUCACCGUCAUCAUGAUCAUCAGGGAGAGGAUAUGACUAGAUAUACAUAUUUAGUUGAUGAUGAUGUUGACGAUGAAUACGCUGAUCAAGAGGAUAAUACACUGUCACGUGAUUUAGAAAAGCUGGACAAGGCUAUUGAACAUGUCACUACUGCUGAACGUGUACUGUCACACCAGUUAGACAGAGCUCAGUUAGCCGAGGCUGCUCUUCGUAGACGAUUAAUUGAAGAAGAAGAGGAGAAGGCGGCAUUUGUCCAAUCCACUGGUUAUAAUCAGUCUUGGUAUCUUCAUAGACAUUGGCAUAAAAAUGGGGGUGGUAAUAGUAAUAAUACUAAUAAUAAUAAUAACAACAAUAAUAGUAGUAGUAAUAAAAGUUUCAUCAAACCUGCACAUAAUCAAAGUCAUCACCUCAAGUCAGGGGAUAUUCAUCGUCCAUGUAAUACUACCGAUGAAUUAGGCAUUGAUACAGACGCGGAUGUAGUAGAUAUCGACAGUGUUACACUGGAUGACGAUGAUGUUGACGAGGUUGAUGAGUCAGAAAAACUGAUUGUUAAUACUACUACUACUACUAACACAAGUGUUACAAAUCAUCAACCCUUGAAUUCUGCUGCUACUGCUGCUGCUGAUACUAUUCAACCUGGAUCAAAUAUUGAUCUAGUUAAAAAAACAACUAUCAAUGCUGAUUCUGAGAGGAAACAUCCGCCCUGUUGUAAUUGUCAUUGUCAUAACCAGAAUAAUAAUAACGAUAUCUCCAACAGUCAGUGUAAUAAUGUGACUAGUGAAAAUAAGACUACCGUUGAACAGGUUCCAAAAAAAUCCACCUCUCAAAAUUGUUACCUUUCUAAGCCUAAUUCAUCACAAUCUCAGUAUUUAACGAACAACAAGACUACAACAACCACUGCUCAUAAAUCAGAUAUUCCUCUAACUGAUAUGCAGAUAAAUCAAUCGGAAUUCAAUGCGGAUGAGUAUGGCUACCAAAAGAGUUAUGCGAAAAGUGAAGUAUACAACGGUCAGUAUUUUACUUCAGUAAAAUCAGAACAAUCAAAUUUCGUUGAUUCACUACCAGAAAUGAAAUGUCAACAAGACCCCUGUGAUGCAACAACCAAUAUACAACGAGAAAAUGAUCCCUUUAUAAAAUGCCUGCUGGAGUUAACAAAUCCAGUGAAGCUUGACGACCGUAGAUCUCCACAUAUUCGUGCUUCAAAUGAUGAAUCCGUUUCUGUGUCAGCAUCAGCUCAUUAUUCAUUGCCAACUGUUGCCUCGGAUGGUAGUAUUUGUCAACAAGGUGUACUGCUGAUUCCAAAGACGGAGGUGAAAUCACGUACACCUGGUCAUGGCGUUCAUAUGCACGAGAAACUUUCUGCUCGUUCAAAAAAGCGGACUGCAAAUUCUAUAGAAGAGAUUGAAGAAAAACAAGAUCGUGCUAGAGUAUUACGUCAGCAACAUCUUCUUGAAAGAACAGAACGUGUACACGAACUAAGCAAAAAGGUGGAUGAAGUUCAUCUACAAAAACGACUCCUGUUACAUCAACGUCGUUUUUGCCUAGAAAGACGUUUACACGCUGCUGAGCGUAAACGUCAAGCUGAAUUAACUCGUCGUGUACUUAAAGCGCAUGAUGAACAGACGAAAUUGAAAGAGAUUGCAUUUAUACAAACUCUUGAAGCAGAACAGAAGCAGUAUAGCAUUUUAACUAAACAUGAAGAAAGUCGUGCACGUUUAAAUGAAUUGGCAAUUGAACGUCAAAAACGUACUGAAGAAAAACAAGGCAGAGAAGAAGCUGCUAAGAUUCGUCGAAGAGCUUUAGAAGCAUCACGUCGAGCUAGAAUGGAUGCUCUGCAAGCUAGAUGGAAAACUCGAGCUCAACAGUUAGCCUCACGUGCUGAAUUAAUGGAACAUUCACGUAGAGCUGCUGCUCGUGCUAAAGAACAAUAUCGUGAAAUAAGAAUGGCUAACUUAGAAGAACAACAACGUGCGCAUAUUGAACAAUUGCGUUCCAAAAUUCAACGUAAACAAGCAGAAUCUGAACGACGUCAUCAAGAAUCCCUACGAGAAAUCAGUCGUAAAGCUUUUGAAAUGUCAGUUCUUACGCAUACUGGUGAUGAUUCACUUACUGUCCCAGGAAUUGAACCAUAUCCAAUACAAAAGUGGUGUAAAGCAUGUCAAGUUAUGAUUGUUUCUGAAGUAUCGUUGAAAAGUCAUUUACACGGAAAACGUCAUCAGAAUGCUAUCAUGGAAGCUGCACAAAAUCGUCCUGUUGGAAGAUCCGAGUUGGAAGCAUUCAACUUAUCUCAUCUUGUUGAUGCACCUACUGAAAUGUCACAUCCUUACAAUGAUAUACAACAAGAACGAUUAAGAUUGCGUAGAAAACGUACUAGAAAAUUGAGACAAAAAAUGAAUCAAAGAGGUUUAUUGUUUUUGAAAGAAAUUGAACAGAUGAAAAUUCCUCUACCUGAUUCUCCAUAUAAACCUCAGCUGGUGAAAUUAAUCAAAGAUGCACGACGUUUUCUGAAUCUUCCUGAUUCUGGUCCAUGGGUUAUUACACGUGUUCAAGCAAUGGAAAAAAGCCUGAAUGCAUUGUUACGAUAUCUUUGUAAUACUCAGUCUAAGGCAAAUCCAAAUUUCUCGAAUAAAAAUGAACAACGUAAACCGUCUAUAUCAGAUAAUUCAUCAGAUCGACAAGUUUGCAUUCUCAGUGGUUUAUUAUCUGUACUAACAAGUCUUAUUGGUUUAAUCAGAGAACAGAAACCAUCAUCGACUCAAUUGGUACCAGAAAAGACUUAUAAAAUUGCUUGUCACCUGUUACAAGCCUUAUGCUAUUCAAAUACAGAUGGCUACAUUCGUAUGCUAUUGACCAAUGAUGUUUCAGUACUUGUUGAUUGUCUUGUUGUUCGAUUCUCGGUGUGUAUUCCAAGCAAUCGAUAUUUUAACGCUAACAACUUCUCGUCAACAUCAGAAGUGAAUACUACUCCCCCCACAGAUCAAUCAGAUCAUCAUGAUUCAUCAUAUUUUCAUUGUUAUUCUGGUAAUUCGUGUACAUUGGAUUUAUUAAACUUUUUAACUAACCUACUGAAUGGGUUAUGUGAGUUAAAUUUAUCCUCCUCCUCCUCUAAUAAUAUGGACAAUAAUACAAGUAGUUCAACAACUAUACGAGAUUCUACUCAUACCACUCCAACGUCUUCUUCUCCUGCUGUCACUAGAAGUACUACUCCAUCUACUCUGAAUAAUUCUGUACAUAGUCUUCACAAUUCUUCAAGUAUUCAUGAAUCUGGGAAACACUUCAAAGUUGACUGUCAACGAGUUCAAGAUUUUCUCAGUUACAUUGUUAGCAGUGGCCUAGUUGAUUUACUGUCAACACGAUUAUCAAAUCCAAAACAAGCCAGUUGGUUAUUAGUGAAUAAUAAUAACAACAAUAAUAACAUUGGCAAUUCUGGACGGCCUGGAUCAGCUUCCAAUCAAUUUGUUGAACAUUGUCAACAUUUUGUCCUAAGCAGUAUUGCCUUUCUAACAAGUCUAACACGUUUGUUAACUAUAGUCUCAGGGGAACAAUUAAAAUAUAAUCAACAUCAUCACCCUCACAACAACAGCAACAAUCAGACAGAUGGUUGUUAUUCUCUAAGUUUAGUCAGCUCAGAAUCAAUUGAUCCUGUUGUUGCUGUUGUUGUACAGUCGUCGUCAGUUGAAGAGGGCAGCUCUCAGACGAAGACUUCAUCAAGCAGUAAUAAUAAUAAUAAUACAACUAGAAGAUGUUCUACCUCAUCAUGUGAUACAACUUAUGCGAACAGUUGUAAAAUAAUGUCGAAUAGCCAAUCGAACAAUCAUCAAUCAGUGAAUGAUCCAACAAAAUUAUUAGAAACUGUUAGUACUACUGAAGUCUUUGGCUUGGUACCGCUACUCUAUUGUCUUCUACUUGAUCCAAAUAGUCGACCAAUUGAUACUGGAUCAGUGGGUAAUGAUACAAAUAGUCCGCUGCCAUCAUCAUCAUCAUCAACAACAAAACAGUCUAAUAAAACGAAACAACUUCGGCAUAAUAAUUCACAAAAAGAAGUUGAAUCUUUAGGCAGUACAAAGUCGACAGCAUUUGGUGUGAUGAAUACUCCUCCUAGCGAAUCACCACCAUUUCGUAGUGAAGUGAUAGCAGAGAUUACAUUGAAUAUUUUAAAAUUAAUUAAUUCACUAUCAUCAUUACAUCAACGUACAAUGCAGUCUAUUCUCGGUGGUGAACUUAUAUGCCUUUUAAUGCGACAUAUAUUGGUCAAUCUGUUGACACGUUGUGUUUCUUCGCAAGUGAAUACAACAAGCAUUACUAAUAGUAGUAGUACACCUUCUAUGCUUCUACCUCGUUCUCCUACAUCAAUUCCACUACAGCCGCCUCCGCCUCCUCCUCAACAACAACAGCAACCACAACACCAGAAGUCCAAAGAACCAUCAUCAUCAUCCAAGCUGAAGCAUAAUUCAAAGCUAUCAACUAGAAAAUUGAAAAAGGCAGAGAUGAAUCCUUGUAUUGAUUCUGAUAAAGACAACGAUGAUGAUGAUGACGGUACAGCUGAUCUACUGCCAAGUGGUGCUAGAAAAGUUGUUGUUAAAAAGAAUUUAAAGCUAAAUCCUGUAAAUGAUAAUAGAUGUCAAACUGUUACAUCAUCAUCGUCGCCGUCAGAGAAAUCAUCAGCAUUUCCGCUUGUUUCAAAAUGGACUACAAAUUCUAACAGUUCAAUAUUCAAUAGCGUAGCUAAUAGUAACAAACAAUUAAAAGAAUACAACAGCUAUGGUGUCACAGAGAAUAUUCUACACGAGGCUAUCCUAUGCAUUGGUUAUUUGUGUGCAUUGAAUAUAGAGAAUCAAACUAACCUUCAGUGUGGUCCAUCACCGAAUCUAUUGCAACAUCUUUUAUCUUUACCAUUUGAAUAUUUUAGUCAUCAUCCGUUAACUGAUAUUCUCUAUCCAACAUUAAUUGCUUGCUGUUAUCAGCAUCCACAGAAUACGAGUAUACUGGAGACUGAGCUUAGUCCAACUAUUCUAGCCAAUUAUAUAGAAGAGAGUCUACUUGAGAAGAAAAUGGAUGCUUUGACAGAAGUGAACAAUAAGUCAAACAGUGGUCAAUGUUUAGAUAAAAGAUACAAUUUUGAACGACGAUUUUGUAUUUCAGAGUGGAAUUCUGCUAAAGCCUAUUUCACAAGAUGAGAUGAGCAAAUGCAAUUGUCUUACACUUAGAUUUUAUAUGAAAUGAUAUAUAUAAAGCUG